ACAGUUCUGAUGGGUGAAGCGCCUCAUCUGCUCAGGCGUUUGCAUUUAUAAACACAUGGUUAAAGUUAAACGAGGAUUGCUGUUUGAAAUUACCUUUUUUUGUGUUACUGCCAUGGUUCAUAAAUCAUUUAGCUGUUUUAAAUUGUUCAUUUUAUAAGCGUGAGGGUCGUGUGCUGUUUUUUCUUCUUCAGGAGAGUAUAAAGGUAGAAGGCUCUGUUGCAGAUCAGUAACAUCAUCUUCAUACACACAUUAAAGUCGCAGAAAUGAGAAAAACGUCUUUUUCUGUAGAAGAUAUUUUGGAUCCCAUCAAAUUCAACGGGAAACGUGAACAAGUGUGCAGAUGCCGCUUCACUGGAGAGUUCAUUGAGAGCGAGGGACAGUUUAUACAACACCGCCUUCAAAACAGACAAGAAAAAACAGCCUCUACAGAACCACAGGAAAAUGAACAUCAAAACAGAGGAGAUUUGAACUGUGAGACACAGACUGGCCUGGGUUCAACAGAGAGCUUGAGGUGCCCUGAACAGCAAACACACUGCACAGCGCUGGACCCACCUAGAAAUGAGCAUGUGGAAGAGAACAGCCAGCGCAGCCCCAGCAAACCCAAAUCCUGCAAGACCAGGCGGAUACGGACAGCGUUCACUUUCCAGCAGCUCCAUGUCCUGGAAACCCGCUUCCACUCCAGCCACUACCUCUCAGUGUGCGAGCGCUUCAGCAUCGCCUCCGCCCUGCACCUGUCCCAAACGCAGCUCAAGAUUUGGUUCCAGAACCGCCGCACCAAGUGGAAGAAGGAAAACGAGGGAAAGGAGAAAGACAGGUCUGCAGAUGAGCUUCACCGAGCCAGCCCAACCCACCACCACUUUGGUGUCUCCCCCUACUCCUCAAUUCUACACAACCCCUCCACCUUACCAUACCCAGCAAAGACCAGCUUGAGGUACACACCACAGACUCUGAUCUCAACACUUUAUCCACAGCCACUCCUACUGGCACCUGUGUUUUAUAAUCCUCUGUUUUAAGUAUAAUGACAAAAGAUGUAUGUGUGUUAGAUACAGGGUUGUCCCAUAUGCAAGUCAGGCCUCAUAGGCAAUAUCAUAUAUUAUCCUGAUUAGGAUGGUCUGUUAGAUUGGGUGGCCACAUCCUGUUGACUAUCUGCACCACACAUCAAAAUGAUCUGAAUGUAUUCCUCUUUGCUUGAAGACAUUUCACAACUGAAAGAAAUAGAUACUGUGUUAACAAUUAUCGAUAUGAUGCCUGACUUAUGGGACACCUUGUUUUGUGUAGGUUCUAUAAAGUCUGUGCUGGGUACGUACAUGUCUGUGCACUCAGCUUUCAGGAGCACUAAAUUACUAAGUUAUAAAAUAAAGUCUGUUCCACUGAGAUCAUACUGUUCACCAGUAUUAAUGAAUGACCUCAUGCCAGCACAAGUCUUAGUGAUAGACAUGUUGGCACAGAACGCUGUUUCAAUGUCAUGGCGAGGUUAAGUGCAGUCUGCAAAGAAUGCUACAGGGUAGAUGCUUUUUGUUUAGGUAUAAUGCUGAAUUGACAUGCUAUCAAACAACAUAGGGCUGUAGUAAUUGUGCUUGUAAAUGCAUUGCCGUCCUAUGCAGUUACCAGCUUGCUACGAUUACAGAAAUUAUUCUACUAUCCUGAAGAAAUCAUUGAAGAACUACAACCAGCAAUGGCAACACAAUGUAGCUCACUGUUGGGUACUGAUAUUGUACUAUUAUUAUUAUUAUUAUUAUUAUUAUUAUUAUUAUUAUUAUUAUUUAUUUCUUAGCAGACGCCCUUAUCCAGGGCGACAUACAAUCGUAAGCAAAUACAUUUCAAGUGUACUAUAGUUACUGCAAUGUGCAAUGGUUCAUACAAUUACAUGUCCAAAAUGGAAAAUGUUACCCGUGUUUUACUGAAUUCUACCAAGUGCUCACAUCAUUAUAUAGCUCCCUUAAUCACAACUAUUGCCAUUGGAGGUCAUUUGGUAAUGGUUUAGCCAGAGAUGGAAAUAAGACUCCUAUUGCAUUGCCAGUUUGAUCCAUUCCUGGUUUUACUGUGAGUUUAAUAAAACACACCUGAGGUUGUUACCUAUACACUGUAGCUAAUCAAACUCAUAGUAAAACCUGGACUGGGUGAAACUGCUAUGCAACAGGAGUCUUAUUUCCAUCCCUGGUUUUGCACAUUCCUCUAAAUAUAUUUCUGUCCUAUCCAUUUACCACCCAGCUAAUUUUACCCAUCAGCAUUUUACAUCUGAUGGGUUCAUAAUAAUAAUAAUAAUAAUAAUAAUAAUAAUAAUAAUAAUAAUAGUUUUUUGUAUAAUUUAUUUUUUUAUUGAAUAGCUCGAUUUAAAUAUUAAAUAG